UUCGGUCCCCCCUACAGACGCUCGCAAAUGGUUUCUCCCUGUAUAUAUUCCGUGAAGCUCGUGUCUUCGCCGUACUCUGCCCGACACUGAGAGAGGACCGAGGACAGCACAAUGGACAGGAGGAGUUCAGAGGAUGAACAGAUGAAACUUUAUUGCUGUUGACUGCAAUAAAAUGCUACCUUGGAAGAAGAAUAAGUUCGACCUGAUAGAGGAAGAUAAGCAGUCCAAACAGAAGGGCUAUGCGGUGAGUCUCAACUACUCUGCGCUCACCUCAUUCGCCAAGUCCUGCCCUGAGAGCGCACUCAACAGGGUGGGCAGCAUGUUCAAGUCAAAAAGGAAAAAGGUGAAGAUCACCAGCGAGGACCCCACAUACACGGUGCUUUACCUGGGGAAUGCCACCACCAUCCAGUCCAAAGGGGACGGCUGCACGGACGUGGCGGUGAGCAAGAUCUGGGGCAAAAGCGAAAUGGGUAAGAACGGCACCAAGAUGAGGCUGACCAUCAGCUCGCAGGGAAUCCGGAUGGUGCAUGUGGACGAUAAGGCAAGGAGGCCGGGACACUUGUACUUAUUGCACCGGAUAACCUACUGUGUCGCGGACCCGAGGUUACCCAAGGUUUUCGCCUGGAUUUACAGGCAUGAAAUGAAGCACAAGGCCGUGAUGCUGCGCUGUCACGCAGUGCUGGUGUCCAAACCGGAGAAGGCAAAAGCCAUGGCGCUGCUGCUGUACCAGACUUCGGCCACGGCCUUGGCUGAGUUCAAAAGACUAAAACGCAGGGACGAUGCCAGGCACCAGCAGCAGCAGCUCAUAGGGGAACAAACCAUCCCGUUGGUCCCCCUCAGGAAGCUGCUGAACGGACAGUGUUACUACAAACCACCGGUGGAGCGCAGCCGGAGCGCGCCCAAGCUGGGCUCUAUUACAGAAGACUUGGUGGGGGAGGAGGAGGAGGAGAAGGCGAUGCACUUUGAGUGUGAGGACAUUUUGGACACGGACGAUGAUUGUGUAGCCAACGGUAAACAGGAGUUGACUCAGAUUAUCAAUGACUUGGGAGAGAUGAGCAUAGGAAACGACGUGCAGACACUAAAAGCUGAUCUCAGAGUCACCAGACUUCUCUCUGGAGAGAGCACGGGGAGUGAAUCCUCCAUAGAGAGCAACCAGGAGCCCCCUCUGCUCACUAAUGGGUUUGAGGAGGUAAAGGUGCAGGAAAUUGCCUGAAUAAUUUUAGGCAUUUCUGGGCGCCUCUGACGCAUUGUUGUUUUUUUGUUUUUGUCUCCACAAGAAACAUUUCCUCUGCCGUCAACCUUGUUUGUCUAAUCUGUGCCUCCACGACUAAUUGAGAUGAUUCAGGAAAGAUCAUCUACGGUUUUGGGACAAUUAACACUUUGGGACAUUAGCACAUGGACACACUUAGGCUACUGAAUGAUGUUUUAAGAUUGUGUAAAACCCAGAAAAAAAAACAAGUGCAUGCCCAUUUGAAAGACCCGACAAAAUCCCAGUGCGUCUUAGGACGCACGGCACUAAUUCCAUCUAUUUUAUUUAAGAGGAUUUGUUGUAGCCUCAAGCUUGUUUACCAUAAGUUUUUCCCUCUUUGUUUUUCUGUUGAAAAAUGCUCAUCAAGAUCCAUAAAAAAACUUUUCCGUUUUAAAAGCAAGUUUGUCUUGAAUUCCUAAGUGGUUCAGUGGGUCUAAACAGGCAUCCUUAAUUCUCCUGUCAGGGCGCUUUUGUAAUAGCGUGUUCAUUUUAUCUUAUUUUGCACUGUUGUAGAGUUCAUUCAAGUAUUACGUUGACUACAUGUACAUAAUGUUUGUUGUUAUGUUGUCCGAAACAUAAAUGUCAUAUCUUUGCUGUGCAAAAGAAAAAAACACUGUUAUGUAUUAAGAUGUAAAGUAAGAUGUUUUAAGUAUAAAUCUGUUAUUUUUUAAAGAAUAAAAAUGUGGUUUGUUAUGUGAACCUCAUAGAAUUAUCAAUAAAAAAGAAAAAA